CCAAUCGCUCCCCAUCCUUCCGACUACUUGUCUCAUCGCCGGACUACGCCAAAAAUAGGUCUCAUGACCACUUUUGCUUGACAUGAUCCACGUCUACUACCUCUCAUCUACCAAGUCUACCACGCCUACCACGCCUACCAACUUGUACCAAGCCUACCACGCCCAUUAUACAGAGCUACAGAGCCUUGAUUCACUUUAAUCAAAUUCGCUCCGUCACACCGCCUGAUACUUACUGGCGCUUUCUUGCCCUUUUCCAGCGCACCCGCCCACGGAGCCACGACGCACGACGCACCACGACGCACCACAUCCCGCCCGUCAGCUUCCGACUUCCCCGCGAUUUACCAUAAUUUCUUUUUCUUAUUUUUCUGCCCAAGAGGAAAAAAAAAACAAGCAAAAGGUAAAAGAAAAAAAAAAGGCUUUAGGACUAAAGGGGGGGAUUCUCUUUCCUCCCUGUCCCCCCACGUUGAAUCAUGGGAAAUAAUCCAUCUUCUGCCUCGAAGCCGGCCACACCCACCAGUGCUUCGGUCCAUGAUUCUCCCCGGGCUUCCAAGAGGGAACCCAAGAACCCGGUAUCUAUACAGAACCAACAUAUCAGGUCCCCAGCUUCUCCCGAAGCCUCAGCCGUUCAGGCAACCGGCACCUCUAUUUUGAAUAAGAAUCACUCGAGGCCGCUUUCCAUCCUUAACUCAUCCUCCCCCUCGACUAGCUCUAAUCAAUCUGCUGCACCAAUUAGGGUGGCUGAAUCGAAGCAGAAACCUGUCGAGAUCAAAGAUGAGCAUUCUAAGCCUGUAGCUGUUCCUUUCUCCUAUACCCACACGGAACAGGAUCCCUGCUUUACACACGGUUCUCAGUACGCGGAGAGCUUGACAUCAGGCCCUGCCUCUAGUAGUAUGCAAGAUAUGUCCUAUCAUAAUAUCAAUCGCCCCCCGCGGCUACCGCUGCCAAUUGAAGAAGAAAUUCACACACCCGGAUCACCCAUAGUCGCCCCAGCCGAUACUGACGAUAAGGACAUUGAUGACGUCGGUACCCUAGAUGACUCGGCUAGCAUACCGCGUCGUUCGUCAGGGCUAAGCAAUGCCACAGACGAAGACGACACUGAAGAGCUUCGUGUUGAUAAGACGAGACCGGUUAUCCCAACCCGUAUCGAGUGGUCACGGGGUGGACAGAAGAUUUAUGUCACGGGAACACCGUUUCAAUGGAGCCGGAAACAGCGAUUACUCCCAUCUAAGGACAAGGAGGGUGUCUUGGAGACAAUAAUACCCGUUUUCCCUGGAACCCAUCACAUCAAGUUCUUGGUCGAUGGAAGUAUGCAGACAUCACCAGACUUGCCCACGACCGUCGAUUUUGGCAACAAUCUGGUGAACUACAUCGAAGUAAGUGGCGACGAUGCUAGUUCGCGGAACGUACCCCUGGAUACUGGUGUGCCCAAGUCGAAUGAGGCCGCCUUAUCUCUGCCUUCUAGGCAGCCUUCACACGAUGAUUCAGCGAGGGUUCCUCAACAGAAGGUUAUAGAUCCUGUUGAAAAUUUCACCGCAAAGAUCCCUCAAUAUCUAGAUGAUUUCGAUCAACCCGAAGACACGCCAGGUUACAGGCUUUCUGCACUGGCCCUGGAACGCCUUCCGGCCCCACCCAGUCUCCCUGGCUUCUUAAGCAAGCCAAUCUUGAAUAAUAUCACUUUAAUCAAGGACGACAACAGCGUCCUCAACAUGCCGAAUCAUACCAUGCUUAAUCACUUGGCCACUUGUAGUAUUAAAAACAAUGUUCUUGCUGUGUCAGCUACCACCCGAUACCAGAACAAAUACGUAACCACGAUCAUCUACAAGGCCACGAAGAACCAGUAACCUUAAGGCGUUUGCGUUUUCAACUCGCCAGACUUUGUUAGGAUUGCACAAGAAAAUGCUAUAUUUCAAACUGUCAAGAAUGAUCUCAUUGAAAACAAGGGAGCUUUCGCUUCGAACGACCUUUUGCCUUGCCUAGGACGACCACGGAGUUCUUAACUGCCUAGGGAUAUCACUAAUUUUAAGUCAUGUACUUUACGAUAGCCCGGGAACAUAACGAUCUUGGUCACGGGUUAUUUAUGCGAAAUGACGUGCGUUUCGAGCACAAAUAUCACGAAAGCAACAUGACGCUACGCCGCCAUGAAGCUCUAGAUCUAAACGUACAUGAUCAUGAAGAUCAUAAAAACGAGAUUAGAGGGAUAUUGCAUCCAUUAUUAGAUGAUACUCAUAAUUAAUACAAGAUUUUGAUUCAAGUAU